UCUCCGCUCCGUCGGCGAAGUUUCACUCUUUUUCCUAUCACCAUCGGCGCGCAUCUCUCAAUGUCGAUUUCGCCGAUCCGAUCGGUCCAUCCGGAAAAUCUGCCGACGAAACGAUUCCCAGUAAGCGAGAAGCCAUUAACGCGACGUUAUCACGAUGAUAUUUUGCAACACGUUUUCAAAUAAAUAGCUCUUAAUGCCGCAUACGUCAUCGUUGACAAUAUUUCACCCAAACAUGAAAAAUAAUAUUUCAACACCAUCAUUUUAAUAUUUAGGAAUAUUGUAUUAUCAAGCGACAGUUCAAAAAUAUUUAUGAAGUGUCAUGUUAAAAUGUUUACAAAAUCCGUAUAGAAUCAAUGUUUCGAAAGAUUGGCUUAAUGUUUCUCGCUUAUUGGGUCGUCUCUUGUGCUUUAUCUUUUCCUUUAAUCUCCGACGCUGAACAACUUUGAUAAUUCAGAUUAAAAUCUUGUUGAAAAAAAGUGCACUUUUCAGCGAUAAGUAGCGCAGAAUGUAGUUGUAGAACUUUUUGUGUCUUUUGUGGGGGAAUUAAUAAAAAAGGAAAGGCGGCCAGGAAAUUCGAUAGAAGAAACCUUGGCGGAACAAAGCGAUUCCGGAAGGAAUAUCAUCUCUAAGCAAGCUAUUACGCUUCUGUUCGUGGACUUGGUUGCGCCAGCACGAACGUGACACCCCGACAUAACAUUCGAUCUCUCGGAACUUUGAUAUAGAUCCUCGAUUCGACGCUACGGUGCGAACGAACACGUCCAUAACGCCAGGAUAAGCCACGAAAUGAAGACUCCGGCAGCCUGGCUGCUGACAAUCCUCCUGGCGGUUGCUGCCGCCGGGAAUGAUAGGACGACCAUUUUUACUGUCUCGAAGGCGGCCGAAACGACCUCGUCGCCUUCGUAUAAUACAACAAGAAAACCCUUUCAUACAACACCAACCAAUGGACUUGCGACAUCGAGCAACAAAUUCAUAUCAGAUUAUGUCAGACCCUUCACGAACGUUAAAGACAUACUGAUGCAGGAGAUUCGCACCUUGGACGAAAAUACUUCGGGUGCUGCGGAUGACAAGAUCCAGGAAGAGGUGGCGGAAACAUUCAAGGCCGAGGCGCAAAGAGACCGCGCGAGCUUACAUGAGAAAACGACCGUGAAGCCGAGCCAGUCGACGACGGAAAAGGCGGACGCGGCGAAGAUAGAAACUGAGAAGAAAUUCGACGACAUGCCCUACGAGGACGACCUCAGCGGCGAGUAUAUCGAAACAAUGGACGAGGACGAGGACGACGAUGACGACGACGGUGAAGACGGGGAUGUCGGGGAUAUCGAUGACGAGGAGGAAGUCACGAUGGAGUGCCCUGAUCAUUGCAAAUGCGCCGGACAAUAUGCCGCUGCAAUGACCGCAACAUGCACCAAGCUGGUGGAGGAUCAGACCUUCAUGCCGGGCAUCGCCCAUUUGCGAAUCGAGAAAGCUGGCGAGAUCCGGCUCGGGCCGAACGCGCUGCGAGCCCGCGGUCUUCAGCAGUUGGAAUCAAUCAACAUCGUCGAUACGCGCAUAGUCGAGUUAGACCGCACGGCUUUCAACGGCAUCACGUACUUGUUCGCCGUGAAUUUGACGCGCAACGGCCUCCACGAUGUUCAUCCGAACACGUUCCAGAACAACACGCAGCUCAGCCUGCUCACGAUCGCCGACAACCCGCUCAAGCACACGCAAGACAUGAAGGGAGCGAAGCAUUACUUGCUGCACGCGUCUUCCGUCACCGACUUCGACUUCUCGAACAACGGCCUGCUGCGACUGAAGCGCACCGCCUUCUCGAAAAUGCAGAGCCUCGGUUACGUCAAUCUGCGCGGCAACUGGCUGAGGGAGAUCGAGUCCGCGACCUUCGACCAGCUGAAUGCGCUUGUGGAGAUCAACCUCUCGGAAAAUUUGCUGGAUGAAAUCACGCCGAAUCUCUUCGAUAACACGAUGGUGCAGAUUCUUCGCAUGUCUGGAAAUAAUCUGUCGACGUUGGCCAUGAUAAAAGCCUCGAAACUGACGUUACUCGACGCAUCGAAGAACCGAAUCAGGACAAUCGCUAAAGAGGACUUAGAAGGCGUACCGCUGUUGGAUCAACUGUACGUCAAGUCGAACAAUUUGAAAAGGAUCCAUCCGCACGCUUUCAGCCAUCUUGAUCAAUUGAUAUACGUUGAUAUCAGCGAUAACAAUAUCUCCUCGAUAACGGAGCAUCACUUCAGAGCCAAUUCAAGACUGCAGGUUCUGCUGAUGAACGACAAUCCCGCUCUACAAGUGCUGCCGGUCUUCAAGACUUCCGGCUUGAAGUACGAUACGUUUAGCAUCUUCCGCUUCGAGUGCGCAAAUUGCGGUCUGAAGUACAUUCAACCAGAAACAUUCGACGAAAUGCCAGCGCUGAAUCGGCUGAUACUCGCGAGGAACCAACUGCAAGGUUUGCCCGAUGGGCUCCUGAGCCAACUCUCGUCUCUCCGAGAGCUGGACCUUUCCGACAAUAUGAUCUCGACUCUCCAGCCCGAGAUGUUCCACGGUGCCGAGAGCCUGGGCAGGAUUAAUCUCGCUGGCAAUCCGUUGAGAACUUUGCAAGUAACGCCCUUCCUCAAGACACCGAUAAUCUUCAAGCUGGACGUGAGUCGGUGCGGUCUCGAGCGAGUGUGGAACGAAGCUAGGGAGCCAUUGAAAAGCCUCCGAUUCCUGUCGGUUCGUGAUAACCUGCUGCGACGGAUUACCGUGGAGGAACUGAACGCCAUGCCGAAACUCAUCGGUCUGGACUUGUCGCACAAUCCGAUGGAUUGUGACAACGAAUUCAACGAGGCUGUGCAGUGGCUCACCGAUCGUGGCGUCAGUCCGACGGAGUCAAUCAAGAGCUACAAUGACUUCUCCAAUACCGAAGACGACACUGAGUCAACGGGCAUCAGUGAAUGGACGGAUCUGGCGAAGACAGUUUGCGAUGGAAUAGAGGACGGCCCGCCGCCCAGACGAUUCCCCGCCAAGAAAGAGCAGGAUAUUCUCUUGAACAUCGAUCACGAGGACACCGAGUCUCUGUUGAGACAGGAGCUCGACCAAGCCGAGAAGCUCUUGAAACUGGACAUGGAUCACGGCAUGCGACAGGAUGAGAAUCCUCGAAUGCUGGAAGAUCACGUGUACGAUGAAGACUUCGCGGUUACCACGAAAUAUCAUACUUGGCACAACGGUGGCCUGUGGAUGUCCAUCACAAUCAUCCUCCUCACUUUAGCCCUCCUGCUAUUGACAGCGCACGUCGCUCUCUGCUUGGCGAAGAGACGAGGACGAGGUCCUGUCCUCAGGCCACCUAUGAUCCUUCGUCAAGGUCUGGUCGACAACAAGAACUGCGGCUUGGUGUACAAACCCCUGCAGGAGGAGAUAGCAACACCGCACAUGCCGAAACGUGGUAGCUUCUACUCGAGCAGUACCUUCCAUUAUGACAAAAUCGUGCCAGAGAGUGUAUAGAACCCGUUUUCUCGAGUAAUUAAGUAAUUAAUUAGAGCAGGUGACCUACGAUUGGUCGUGAUACGGGUCACUGAAGACUUUUCGUGGCUUUUGCAAAUUAAGAGAAAUUUGUUGGACUGUUAAUAUAUGCAUUAUGAGGCCGAUUGGUCAACGAGUCACUUUCGAGAAGACGUGUGUUCAUUGCUGCCUCCAAUUGAAACGAUUUAAGUGGCCUCUAUUUACUCGCAUUUCACGAUACGCGUGAUCAACAAAUUUGUCUUCUCCAUUCUUUCCGUAAAAAGGACAUCGAGAAACACAGAGAGAGAGAGAGAGAGAGAGAUAAUUAGUAAAAGCAUUGAAACAAUUAUAAGCAUUUAAUUCGAGCUUGUAGCAACGUAUGUGAACUGUAAAAAUGCAUGUUCUUUAGAUUUUUACAUUUUCGUUCUCGAAAGAUUUACACACAAGCAAUGCGAUUAAUAAGUGUUUGUUAAGGCGUUAAUCGACAUCUUCGAUAACCUAAAUGUAAAGUGCAGUGCUAUUUUAUACUUCGUUCUUGAGUAGACUUUUUUAUACUAUGAUAGUAAAAAAUUGGAGCACACGUUAAAAGUAUAAAGUAUCGAUAAAUUCUAACGAAGUACUUAUUAUUUAUCAAACUGGAGCUUACACAGCGAUAAAAAAGCGCAGGCGACAAAUUUCGAGGUGUAAAAUAAAGAAAAAUAGUACUGCCUAGGA